AUGGCAUUGGCGUAUUUCAAUCCUCCCGGCAAUAUCAUGUUCGAUAGUCUUGUCCUCGUUGAGACCCCGAUUCAUCAUCCAUCCGCUGAGGCCCAUCAUACUGCAGUGUCCAAGGCGUUUGCUGCCAUCAACAACCGUCAUGAUAUUUGGCCUAGCCGUGAGGCUGCUAAGGCUUGGCUUGGUAAGCAUUUUCCCAGGAAAAGUUGGGAUCCGGAGGGACUGGAUAUCUACGUAAACCACGGUCUACGUCCGCUGCCGACGGCGUUCUACCACGACAAGACUGAUGGAGUCACCUUGAGCGCCAUAUGGGUGGACAAAAAUGCCGCAUAUAAUCGCUUUGAAAUCUAA